AUUUCCUGACAUUAAAUCAAAUGACAGCAAUAUCAGGUUAUGAUGACCUCGGACAAUUUUGGCGCUCAGUAUAUGGGUCUAGCAUCGAAAAGGAUGUCGAAGAUUUACUGAAUCAGAUAAUGCCCUUGUACAAGCUAUUCCAUGCAUAUGUUCGGAGGAAACUAAAGGAAAAAUAUGGCAAAGAACAUUUUCCAAGCUCCGGAACAAUUCCAGCACAUCUUUUAGGAAAUAUGUGGGCACAAGAAUGGAACAACAUCAAAGACAUUGUUCUCCCUACAAAUCUAAGCUUUGAUGUGACAGACACCUUACAACAGAAGAACUACACGGCUAAGCAGAUGUUUAAAUUGUCUGAAGAGUUUUUCACAUCUCUCGGUCUCAAAGAAAUGACAAACACAUUCUGGAAAAAAUCUAUUUUAACCAAAAUUAAAGACAAAACUAUGGUGUGUCAUGCUUCAGCUUGGGACUUCUUCAAGAAAGAUGAUUACAGGAUCAAGAUGUGUACAGAGAUCACCAUGGAGGACCUGAUUGUCAUCCAUCAUGAAAUGGGACAUAUACAGUAUUAUCAACAAUAUGCAGAUCAACCAAUUUACUUCAGAGAAGGAGCUAAUCCAGGAUUUCAUGAAGCCGUCGGUGACACUCUUGCAUUAUCUGUAUCAACUCCAGAACAUUUAAAAAAAAUUGGUCUCCUCAAAGAUUACACACCGUCAAAUGAGAGUUCUAUCAACUUUUUGAUGAUGAGCGCCUUGGAGAAAUUGGUGUUCAUUCCAUUUAGUUACGUCGUAGAUACAUAUCGAUGGAAGCUGUUUAGUGGAAAAAUCAAAGAAUCUGAAUAUAAUAAAGCAUGGUGGGAUAUGAGAUGUAAAUAUCAAGGUUUGAGUGCACCAGUUUCUCGAUCAGAAGAAGAUUUUGACCCAGGUUCUAAGAUGCAUAUUGCCAAUGCUAUACCAUAUAUCAGAUACUUUGUCAGUCAUUUGAUCCAGUUUCAAUUCCAUGAAGCCUUGUGUAAAGCUGCCAAUUACACAGGAGAACUGCAUAAAUGUGACAUAUAUAAAAGCCCGGAAGCUGGGAGGAAAAUGGAAGCCAUGCUGAAACUUGGUUCUUCGAAGCCAUGGCAAGACGCAUUGGAACAGCUGACUGGCACCAGAAAAUUGGAUGCCAAAUCAAUGUUGACCUACUUCAAACCUUUGGAAGAUUGGCUGAAGAAUGAAAUGAAGAAUGAAGAUAUUGACUGGAAAUGUCCCAAGAAAAGUAAUGACACCUCAAACUCACCAAAAGUUCUUGUACACUUCUUUCUUCUAUUGCUUACCGUUUUAGCUUCUUUAAUUACUCUUAAUUAAAUAAAGAUAUAUAUAUAUAUAUACAUAUAUAUAUAUUUAUACACACAACCUCUUUUUA